AUGAUGGCCGUGAAUAGUGGCGAUCAUAAGCGACGACGGAUAGCUUCUGAUGAAGUCGUCGAAUACCACGAGCUGAAAACGUUGCAAGUAGCCAAGACUGAAGCGCCAGAUGAGCAAGAACAUGGCGCUGGUUCAACGUCAGAUCACUUUCUCGCUCAGGUCGACCAUCUACGUGGAUACGACGAGGAAACUGGGGGUGACGACGAUAGCAGUGUUGGAACUAUGAAUGUCGAAGAUGAGGACUCUCAAUAUGAGAUUUCUGAACUUCGAGGACUAGGUCCACUUGAUAGGAGAAACAGUUUGAAUAAUGCAUUUAUAGCACGGAUCAUGCUGUUUGCAGUUUACUAUUGGCUUUACAAGGAGUUCAAGCUAAUGAAGUUUAGCAGUUUUCAGAGGCUUCAGGAGAAUCGGUGUUACAACGAGGGUAAUUGGUCAAGUGUGGAACUGAAAGCCCUUUAUGAUGGUAUAACAACAACGAAAGUGAACGAGAUACGAGCAAUAAAUUCUGAAUAUGCUGAGGAUCGCAUCCAAUCACAGAGUGAUCAGUGGCUUCGUACCGGUUACAGAAAUGUAUGUGCUAUUCCUCAGCGCGUUAUUCCACCGGAAAUUAAUAACUGGGAAGCGGCUAUACAUCGUGUUAAUCGGCAAAUACGAUCACAUAAUGAUUGUGCGAUUUCUAACUCGAUCAAGAAUGCACUUCUUGAUGCACCGAUGGAUGCAGAAAAUCCAACUCUAUAUAAGGUGACGCACUUCCGCGGAGCUGAGGGUUAUGGUAAAGAGCAGGCGGUCAGUUGGCAACGUCUCAGCGAGUUCUUCGUUGGAGUAAUUAAACAUUCACGUCCACUUCCGCCACUGAAUCCACUCGAAUGUGCUAUCGCAUUGCGAAUGGUCGACGAAGUCGAAGAUGAAUCAGCUCGUUUGUUAACUGAUAACGAGAAAGCGAUAAUUCGUGGAUGGUUGGCGAACAUCCAGAUGCGUGAUCUGCGCGAUUUCCUCCCGGAUUUACCAUAUUCUGUGAAUAGUGCAGCUCGAAUGCUUGUUGAUCCUCUCCGCACUAACUCUUGGGGAUUUACUGACUCUCUCAGACCUCCUGGAAGCAUUCCUGUGGAUUCAACAAGUUCAGGCAACGUUGAAGCACAACGAACUUAA